CUGAUUAGACCGUUUUUCAUUUUCCAUUUACACGAUAUAGCACAACCCAUCUUUGCGAGCUCGUGCGGGCCACAAACCUCGCUUAAUUCAGCACUAGCCUCCGGGGUUAUGGCUAAGGUUUCGAUCCCCAGUUGGGUCGAUGAAUUCGCACUGCUGAUGAAACUCAACCGGGUCGAAACAGCUGUCCAGUGCUUCCUAGAAAAUUGGACAGAUCAAACAACUUGCCUGGACUUAUUUACAUUUCUUUCCGUUUCCUAUUCAGGCACCCCGGUCAAUCGUAUUCCGAUCAUGGCAAAGCAAGUAUUGGACCUGUAUGAACUGUUCCAACUGGUUGUUGCUCGUGGAGGUCUUGUGGAAGUGAUCAAUAAGAAGCUGUGGCGAGAAAUCACUAAAGGUCUAAAUCUGCCUUCGUCAAUUACUAGUGCAGCUUUCACACUCAGAACACAAUACAUGAAAUACCUUUAUCCGUACGAAUGUGACACUCUUGGUUUGAGCACGCCUAGUGAACUGCAAGCGGCCAUCGACGGCAAUCGGCGUGAAGCCAGACGUUCCUCGUACAGUUUCGACUAUCCGAUUAUGAUGCCCCCGGGAAACGGGAACAGACCAAAUUCACCGGCAAAUUUGAUGGGUUCCCACUCAACCAGUUCGUCACUGGCUGCCAGUCCCACACCAAAUCAGGUGAAUUUUAUUUGGGAAAUUCACAACCGGAGCCUGCGGAUACGGUGCGGUGUGUGA